AUGGCCAAGAUCAGAGAACUAUUGCCUCGGGCAAACCAUACUGUUUUAAUUGAUGUGUGCCGCACACGAUGGAUUGAACGGAUUGAUGGAAUGGACCGCAUAGUUGAACUUCUCUACCCUGUCACAGCUACACUUGAAGACAUCUCACUUAACAGAAACAGCCAUGGAGACUCAACCUGGAAUCCAACAAGCAGACAUGAUGCUCAGUCCUUAAUUAAUGCAAUCAACUUUUCCUUUAUUGUUUCUCUUGUUAUUGUCAGACAUAUUUUGGGAUUAACUAGACCACUCACAGUGAAGCUGCAACAAAAAGCAAUGGAUCUUCUAAAAGCUAAAGAUGAACUUGCUCUUUUGAAAUCAGUCCUUGAAGACAUGAGCACUGACAUUGAUAACAGACAUCAUAAUCUCUACCAGGAAGCAGUGACCAUUGCAAGACAAGUAGCAGUCCAGCCAGAAAUGCCAAGGAUAGCCCAGAGACAAAUGCAUAGAAAUAAUGCUCCUGCUGCAACUCCUGAGGGGUAUUUCAAGAUCAAUCUCACUAGAGUUUUUCUUGACCAUGUACUCCAGCAGCUCAACACCAGAUUCCAGGAUGAUGUAUUUGUUUGCUAUAAAGGUAUUUCGAUUAUUCCUUCUGUUUUACUAGCUACUGACCCUGCCUGGAAGGCCAAUGUUUUGGAAUUUUGUAACCAUUACAGACAGGACAUACCAAAUUAUGCAGGAUUAAAGGCAGAGCUUUUGCUAUGGGAGAGAUUGUGGAAGGGGAGGGAUAACAGAGGAGAUAUUAUUCCUGACAGUUUGGAGGCUACACUGAAGGAUAUUGACAAAGAUGCAUAUGUCAACAUCUAUUCCAUGCUGAAAGUCCUGAUCACAAUUCCAAUUUCAUCUGCAUCUUGUGAGAGAUCCAUAUCAUCCCUUCGGAAUCUUAAGAACUAUUUGAGAAAUACAAUGACCCAGGACAGACUGAAUGGAUUGGCACUGAUGCAUGCCCACAGAGACAUGGAUUUUGACCUUGAACGUAUAAUAGAUUUAUUUGCUGAGUUACAUCCUAGGAGAAUGAGAAUGGCAAACAUUUUGUAA